UGUACUCGUACUCUUUGUUGAAUAGACGCAUCAGAGGACGUGCAUCGCUGGAGCUGGCUGCGAUGCUCGACUGUCGGGUUACGACACGGACGCUAUGUUGAGGAUUUGUUCAACUUGCAUUCUGCCAUGGACUCGUGCAUGGGGUCUUCGGGGAAUUGCCACCGUACUCGUUCUGAUAUGCAUCGUAUUUGUCGUUGGCGCACGCUUGCGGUCAUAUCGCUUUUACUUGUUCAUCCAACGUAUCUUGGUGAACGACUUCACAUGGGCUUGUAGGGCUUUUGGAACCUUGAUCGCUGACGCAACCGACAUUCUUGAUGCAUCGCACUGAUCAAACUAUUUGUGUAGCUCGUUGUUGCCGUGCGCAGUCACUCAGUAUCGCACACAUCAGAAUGUCUGGUUUGAUCAUUCCUUUUCUGUUACUUGAAGUCUGAACUUGAUUUAUGAAGAGCAGUCUCUGCGUUAGGCGU